AUGUCUUCUCAAAAACGCAAAGCUGAUGUACCAGAAAAUUCAAAUAUUUCAGAAAAAUCUCGAAAGCUUGAGAAUGGAAAAUUUCGUCAAGUAACUACAAGAACAUUGCAACCGGAUGAGAUCGAAAUUCUUUUGAACACGAAACCAUACGAUUUAACAAGAGAUUUUGAGAUUAAAGCAUUCGAAAGGACGUUCCCUAACCGUGAAGAUUGUUUGACUUUUUUAAACAAUUACAGAAAGGUUCUUGUCAAUCAAGUGGCGAUUUUCGAUUCUACCAGCGAUUUGCUUCCUAGGGAUAGAAAAAAUAAAAAGUAUGAAGAGAUUAAACAAUGGAAGAAGGAUGCUCUGAAUAAGCAGAGAAGUUUUACAAAGAUGAGAUUAGAUUUCAUCAUGGAACAGAUUCAAGUGGUCGAGGAUAAAAGUUCUAGCAAGGAGGAAUUCGUUUCAAUCAACAAUCGAUUAUUAUAUGUUCGAAGGAGUCUUCGGUUGAAGAAAGUCGAUCCAAUUUGCGUACCUAUACGAGAAAAAAAACAAUUUUACUGUGACAAUUGUCAUUUGAUCCGUUUUCGAAAUUACUGUUCGAGAUGUAAAAGACGACGUUUGGAAGAAUACGAAGAAGAGUUUUUAUCAGAUUCAAUUUCCGUUACUACCACCAUUUCUUUCUCCGAUUCAUCUUACGAUGUUCGUUAUGAUCCUCAGUUCAAGUACAUUUCACAUCAGUCCGGUAUUGUUUCUGAGAAUAAUGUGUCUUUCACGGAUAACAAAUUGUUUUUUUGUGAGAACUGCAUGUCUUUUAAGAGUUCAAAUUAUUGUGAUAGAUGUAAGAAUCGAUUGUUUACUGAAGAAGAUUUUGACUUGAUGUUGUUUUUUAUCCCUGAUCAGUUCAAUGAUGAACCGAUUGGGGAAUAA